UCCUCCUCCUCUGCAGCAGCACUAACCGAGCUGUAACGGGACACUUUCAGCGCACCAAACCUUUACCCGCUGCUUCCAUCUCUGGUAUGUUCAGACACUCUGCGCGCCCUCCACCGGCUUGGAUGAUGCGGACACCGGAGAGGUAUUCCUUUUAUCAUAACAUGUGGCGGUCUGGGAUGGUCGUUGACACCCUGAUUUGGUGUUGAAUGAUCGGAGGGACUGCAAAGCGGCAAAGGGAUUUCAUACCGAGCCAAUUUGGCCGUCUGGAGAUGAGUGCCGGGCUCACAAUGGCCCUCCCUAAUCCUGCUGCGGCGACACAGAGGAUCCCCCUCAGUCCCAGGACACCUCCAUGACUCAUCCAGUUCAUCCUCUGCAGCUAUCCGCCACUGAUCAAUCCUAACCCACUCUCUCUAUUGGGGUUUUCCUUUUCCAGACUCUUGCUUCAGACCCAAAUUACCCUCUGAUCUGAUGCUGAAUCCUGAUACGCCAACUGAGACUAUCAUGGACCUCUGAUGGAGACGUCAAAACUCAUCCACAUUAAAAUGUGUCAACAGGAAUCCUGAUACUCCCCAUCUCUCUCCUUUCUGGGUUUUUCCUCUGUUGGUUGGAAGCCAAAGCCAUAGCUUGUCUGUCAUUGAGAAAGAACUCCUUGUUAUGAGGGGUUCUGAGGCCAAAAAGACAGAGCUACAGACAUUUUGAUGCUCAGCUUGUCUAAAAUAGACCUUGGCUGUGGCAGGAAAGCUUUUCUCGAGAUUUAACAGAAGUUGUUGGAGGCUGAGAUAGAGAAAGAACUGUUUCAUCCUGUGACUGAAAGGUUGAGCGUGGCGCAAUCUUCAGGUUUUUUCUGCCUUCGAUACUUGAUCUGAGCUGCCCAGUGAGGAGCAGCGUGCUUUCCAGAUGCUGCCAUGCCCAUCAUCAGCAACGCCAACCAUGACUUCAGCAAUCUGUCCGCCAGCGAUGACAGCAGUUUCGACCACAUCUUCACAGAAAUCCCUGAGACGGAGACCAUCAAGGGUGUGUACUACCAGAGGGCUCAGUUAAUCCGUCGGCCAGAGGACCUGGUGUCCAUCGACCACGCCCUGCUGGCGGUGAUCAACGUUGGGGGAAACCGCUACACCUUCCCCUGGAGCACCCUGGAGCAGUUCCCCCUUACACGACUUGGCCGCCUCUGUGGCUGCCGAUCACCCGAGGACAUCGCCAGGGUCUGCGACGACUAUGACGAAGCCUGCAAGGAGUUCUUCUUCGACCGCUCGCCAUCCGCCUUCAGGGUCAUACUGAACUUCCUGGCUGCAGGGAAACUGCGCCUGCUGCGGGAGAUGUGCGUCCUCUCCCUGCACGAUGAGCUGACCUACUGGGGGGUGGAGAUGACGUACAUGGAGCGUUGCUGUAAGAGGAAGAUGUACACGCGCAUCGAGGAGAUGAACGAGCUGGAGCGGCACGAGGAGGAGUGCAGGCAGAGAAACGCUAUGCAGCGUGAGCCGGUGGAGGAGACGAGGUACAAAAAGGUGAUGAACUGGCUGAGAGAUAUGGUGGAGAAUCCGCAGUCUGGCUUACCGGGGAAGAUCUUUGCCUGCCUGUCUGUGAUCAUGGUUGCGGUGACUGUCAUCAGCUUGUGUAUCAGCACCAUGCCAGACCUCAGAGAGGAAGAGGACAGGGGUGAGUGUUCAUCUAAGUGCUACAACAUGUUCAUCAUAGAGACAGUGUGUGUGGCCUGGUUCUCCCUGGAGUUCCUCCUGCGGUUCAUUCAGGCCCGCAGCAAGCUGGAAUUCCUCCGCGGGCCGCUCAACAUCGUCGACGCUAUGGCCAUCCUUCCCUACUACGUCUCCCUAGUGGUGUCAGAGGAAGACCCAUCCCUGGAUCACGAGAAGCCAGGAGGAGGUAAGGGCUACUUGGACAAGCUGGGCCUGGUGUUGAGGAUUCUGCGGGCGCUGAGGAUUCUCUAUGUGAUGCGGCUGGCUCGCCACUCUCUUGGCCUGCAGACGCUGGGGCUGACGGUCAGGCGCAGCACCCGGGAGUUUGGCCUCCUCUUGCUUUUUCUCUGCGUGGCCGUCACCCUCUUCUCGCCGCUGGUCCACUUGGCUGAGAGCGAGCUCACGGGCACCCACGACUUCAGCAGCAUCCCGGCCUCCUACUGGUGGGCCAUUAUCUCCAUGACGACCGUGGGCUACGGCGACAUGGUGCCCAGGUCCAUUCCGGGACAGGUUGUAGCGCUGAGCAGCAUCCUCAGUGGGAUCCUCAUCAUGGCCUUCCCUGCUACCUCCAUCUUCCACAUGUUCUCCCGCUCUUACCAAGAGCUCAAGAUGGAGCAUGACCGGUUGUUCAAAGAGGAGUGUGCGGCGGCUGCAGCCGCUGCUGCUGCUGCCUCUGGGGAGCUGCAGGAGGAGGGAGGUGUAGGAGGGGGUGAGAACUCAGCUCCACCCGGGCUGGGAUUACGUCUAGACAAGGAUAGUGUGCACACACUGGAGUCUCUUGCUCUGUUAGGGAAAGGUGGCGACGCUGCAGGAAAUAACAACCACAGCCUGCCACCAGCAGCUUUCUGAACAGUACUGACUGACCCAAUCCCUAAUUUACAAGACGAUAUGAGUCCAUUCUGUGUUGCAUACAAUAAGUACUGCAAAUGACUAUUGCUCCAAAGGCCUCACCUCCCAUAAGGUUGUGAAGGUAUCUGUGUUGCACUGGAUGUAAAGGAGAUUGAACAGACAGCAUUUCUUUUGCUCUGCUACGAAUGAGUGUGCACACUGUAGACUGCACGGAGACGGAUAGACUUUAAACCCUUUAAAUUGGACGGUCCAGUUUGUCUGACCAGAAAGCCUCUGCAGCAGUAUUAGUAACCAGCUGCUUCCAUAAACAUGCAAUAUUCAAUCCAAAGUUGCUUUUCCUUCCACUGUGAAAAUACUUAUAAACCCAACUGUAACUUUUAGUUUUAUUCUACUUUUCAAUAUAUUGCCUACAGUAUGACCUGGACAUGUGUCUCAUACUGAAUACUCUUCUGUCAUACAUUUAAAGAAGUGUUCCUCUUAGUUUAUUUUGAGAAGCUUGAAGCCAUGUUCUGAGAAGAAAUAUAAACAAACUGAUGGCCCAUAUGUGAACCAUCUCUAUCUCUCUCAUAUAUGUUUGAAUGCUUGGACUCAAAGACUCUACCGUAAACUGUGUGAAAAUAGUGCCGAGGUUAUGGUCCAGAUUGUUUUUUUUGUUAGUUGUUAAUCAGAUGACGAUGAAGUGAGAGGAUGGAGGGAGAGAAUGAGUGUUUAUGUUGGAGAGAGAGGGUGUGCGAGUGAGAGAGGAUGAGCACUGACAACCAUGACGUGUACUUUGCAAUGCUCCAAAUAAAAGCUCUCCUAGUAAUCUGGGAGAAAUCCA